AGAAUGGUGAAUAACACUGAAGACCCUCAAGAGGCUUUAUAACGUCCCAUCCCCAUGUAAAGUAUGCUCAGAACUUUUCCAGUAGUUCUGCUGGAAACCAUGUCUCACUACACAGACGAACCAAGAUUUACCAUAGAGCAGAUAGACCUGCUUCAGCGCCUGAGACGUACAGGAAUGACCAGACAUGAAAUCCUCCACGCGCUGGAAACCUUGGAUCGUCUUGAUCAAGAGCAUAGUGACAAAUUUGGAAGAAGGUCUAGCUAUGGAGGUGGUUCCUACAGCAACAGUACCAACAAUGUCCCAGCAUCUUCUUCUACAGCCACAGCUUCAACACAGACCCAGCAUUCUGGGAUGUCCCCAUCACCGAGCAACAGUUACGACACCUCCCCACAGCCUUGCACUACUAAUCAGAACGGGAGGGAGAGUAAUGAGAGGUUGUCUGCAUUCAACGGGAAGAUGUCACCUACCCGCUACCCACUUGCAAACAGCUUGGCUCAACGGUCAUACAGUUUUGAAGCUUCUGAAGAGGACUUGGACAUUGAUGACAAAGUGGAGGAACUGAUGAGGAGGGACAGCAGUGUGAUAAAGGAGGAAAUCAAAGCCUUCCUAGCCAAUCGGAGAAUUUCCCAAGCAGUUGUUGCACAGGUAACAGGUAUCAGUCAGAGCCGGAUCUCCCAUUGGCUGUUGCAGCAGGGGUCAGACCUGAGUGAACAAAAGAAAAGGGCAUUUUACAGAUGGUACCAGCUUGAGAAGACAAAUCCUGGGGCCACGUUAAGCAUGAGACCUGCUCCUAUCCCAAUAGAAGAGCCAGAAUGGAGACAGACGCCUCCCCCAGUCACAGCUACCUCUGGGACCUUCAGACUACGGCGAGGCAGUCGGUUCACAUGGAGAAAGGAGUGCCUGGCUGUUAUGGAAAGUUACUUCAAUGAGAAUCAAUAUCCAGACGAGGCAAAGAGAGAAGAAAUUGCAAAUGCCUGUAAUGCAGUUAUACAAAAGCCAGGAAAAAAGUUAUCAGAUUUGGAGCGAGUUACCUCCCUGAAAGUGUACAAUUGGUUUGCCAACAGAAGAAAGGAAAUCAAGAGAAGAGCCAAUAUCGCAGCAAUCCUGGAGAGCCAUGGAAUAGAUGUACAGAGUCCGGGAGGUCAUUCCAACAGUGACGACGUUGAUGGCAAUGACUACUCGGAGCAGGACACUUGGCAAGUACGCAAUGGGGAGGAGGAGGGAAGAUGUUCAGAGGGAGGCAGAGAAGCAGAGAAGGUAGAAGAAGACAGGAGGAUCUGCUCCAAACAAGAUGACAGCACUAGCCAUAGUGACCAUCAAGACCCCAUUUCACUAGCCGUGGAAAUGGCAGCGGUAAACCACACCAUCCUGGCAUUGGCCCGGCAAGGAGCCAACGAGAUCAAGACAGAGGCUCUAGACGACGACUGAUACAAAGAAAGGGGAGGGUCAAAGCAAGAAGUAACUUAGUUUUAGACGUAGCACCUUAGCAGACUUUCCUCGGUCCUUAAUAUGUGUUCUUACAGUAUAACUUUGCAGUUUCUUGUACGUCAGUUAGCUGUUAGGGUCUUGUUCUGUGAAGAUGGCAUGGUGCCCUCAGCCUUUGCAUAUACUCUCUCAGUAUUAAUUCCCAAUAAAUAAUCAAUCAACCAACCAACCUCCCUCUCCCAGCCCCAGUGGCUAGAAA